CAUGCCCUGCUCCAGCUCGAUCAAUGGAACCAAUUGCAAGCACAGCACCGUCGCUCACAAACCUGGAAGACAGGUCCUCGGUCGUCGAGACGUCGUCACCGGCCCCCGAUCUCCUUGGUGACAUCCCCUUCGCUUUGGCACCUCAUGUUCAGGCAAUGCAAAGAGGGUUCUCUUACAUUCCUGAUAUACUGCUGUCCAAGGACAUGAACUCUAACCUAACGUAUUUUCAAUAUGACUUCACUCUCGAAAAAUCGGUCCUCCUUAACUCGUAGUUUUUCCCCACCAUGGCCAAGUGAAAAUGAGGUUUUUGUGUCUUUACUGCAUUUGCGACUGUGUAUCCCAUUCAGGGUCAUUAAUGGGCUUAAGUUGAUCUCAAGAUGAUCAAGUAGCAGAGGGGUUUUCCAGCCCGCAUAGAUUGUUUGUUUAUCAGACACGAAGACAAUCCUACCAAUUGAGGUAAAUCAACAUUUCAGAUUAGUUGAAUUUAACAUUUGCAACAUUUUUCAUUCACUGAAAUGGAAAGAUUUGGUUACCAUAUAAAAUCCUACAUGACACGAAACUGUCAAAACAUAUUUUUCCCUAAUUGACAGUGUGAUGCCAUGCCACUUUACGUCAUACUGAAUAUGAAGACGUUGAUGUUUUUGUUUUCAUCUCGCUGUCGAUCAGUAGAAACCAGACACGUAAUCUGAGAAGUGGACGGUUUUUGGAAUGACUUCAAAUUUUUUUUACGAUACAGUGAUCCCUCACUUAUCGCGGUUA